AUGCCGAGGCAGCCGCCAGACAUCGCCGAGGGCCGGAAAGCCGUCUGCAACGUCACCGUGCUAAAAGACUUUAUGAAGGAGUCUGGUCUGGAGCCUCAGCUGUUUGGGUCCCAUCUCCGGGUUUUGCAUGCCUCACCGGGAAAGGUUGACUUUGAGCUGGACAUCAAACAGCAGCACACGAACCGGCUAAAGAUCAUCCACGGCGGCACCAUCGCCAGCAUGGUCGACCUAGCCGGAUCGCUGGCCGUUGCAUCCCACGGCCUAUUUGCCACCGGCUCCUGUGCUACGCUGACAGCAGCUGCAGUUGGAAAAACGCUCGCCUACACCUCCAUAACCUUUCACAACCAAAAGGGAGAGCUCGCUGCUCGCGGCAGCCAUACGAAAUUCAUCGCCAAGGCCUGGGGCAAAAACGAGCCCUACACAACUGACCGUGCAUUGGACGAGGACGACGAAGAUGCUGCCAAAGGCGAGCGCCUUCCCAAUGCGGCGCUCAUGGGCGGGUCAGCCGUCCCUGCCCCCAUUGCCAUCGCCGGCGUCCGCCCCAAAACACCCAAAUCAACAUUUGGCAAGCAGACGCUUCUCGAUGGGCGCGUCGCCGCGAUGGACCAGCUCGAAUCCCAGGCGUCCGACCUGCGCUAUCUGAGUGAGGCUCCGACUGCCUCCAUGGCAGACGGACUGUCGACCCAGUCAGAAUGGCCAAACGCCGACACGUCCCCACGUCAGCUAGAUGCCGGUUUUGCCAGGCCAGCGGGUUCCGCACCAGCCGGAGGCAAUUCCGCGUUCCCAUCCACACGACUGUCCCCCUUCUCACCUGAUGACCAGGAUGGCAGCAGCAGCACGCCCAAGCGGAAGCCGGACCCAAACGAUCUGGGCCCGAAGCAGCAGAGGAGCAAGCGCAAUCGGUACAUCUCUAUUGCCUGCAACGAGUGUAAGCGGCGGAAGAUAAAAUGUAUGGACCCCCGUUCUGUCCCCUCCCUCUCCCCCUUCCGUGCCACCCUGCCUGUCCAGACUAAUUCUGUAGGCAAUGGCGAGGCCCCGUGUCAGCGAUGCGGCAACCUUAGUCUGGCCUGUCUGUACUCGGCAAACUGCUGUUCCAACAACUUCAGGGAGUCGGACGAGUACAGACAGAUGACCGACAAGGUUCGCUUUCUUGAAGGCCAAGUAGGAACGCUCUUUCAGAAUGUCGAUGUCCUUCGCCUGGAGACUCAGCGGUUGGCUCCGCUGCACGACCGCAUCCUGCCCAUGCCAACAUCGACCGUGUCACCGUCGCCAUCGACCUCUAUCCUGUCUCUGACCAAGCCGGAUCUUGCGCCCCUCCGGCCGCCGCCCAUCUAUCGAGGGCCGACCAGCAGUGCUUUCACCGUCGACGUUGCCAAAAACACGCUGCAUAAUAUGGGUUACAGCGGUGAGACCUCCGAAGACCAUGGCCAUGCGGAUGGGACGUCCCGCUCGUCGACGGCCGUACCCUCAGGUUCGCAUUCGCAUUUGCAGCACCAGCAGCAGCAGCAGCAACAUCAACACCAACAGGCGUAUCAACACCAACGCUAUCAUCCGCUGCUGCAGCAGCACCAACAGCAUCAGCAUGAACAAAGCCAUCAACAGCAGCAACAACAGCAGGCACAGCUUCCGACGGACCCGCUCUGGGAGCUUGAUAGAGACGAGAUGGUGCGGCUGUGCCGAGUGCAUGAGGACGAGGUCGGUGUCAUGUACCCAGUGGUGAAGAUUGAGACGGUCAUUGCCCAUGCGCACAGUCUGUGGUCGUGGAUGGAGGCAUCCCGCAAGAACGGAUACAUGCAGCAGCCGGAGAACUACGAGGACACGAUGCAAAGCGUGCCGACACUGUUGCUCAAGAUCAUCAUGUGCAGCGCACUGGCCGUCGAGGAGCACGGCCACAGCGAACGGGCCAUCCGCCUGUACGACAGCAUGCAGACCAUCAUCAACCGCAAGCUGAUGAGCGACCCCAGCGAGAUCGGCAACCUGCCGCUGCUGGCUCUGGUUGCCGGCUACCGCUUCCUGGCCAACGACGAGGUGCUGGCCUGGCGCAUUAUGGGCCAGGUUGCCCGCCACUGUCUGGAGCAGGGCCUGCACCGGCGCGACGGCCUUGCCAAGAUUGUCGACGAGCAGGACCGCAAGAACGCCAUCAACACGUUCUGGUCCGCCUACGUUCUAGACCGCCGCUGGAGCUUUGGCACGGGCCUGCCUUUCGUCGUGCACGACGACAAAAUUGACCCCGAGCUUCCCUUUCCUGACCAAUAUCCGUACCUGGUGGCCAUGAUCACCUACUCGCGACUCGGGGCCAAGAUCUGGAAGCUCGUUGACUUCUUCGAGCCCGCCAUUGUCCGUGACCUGCAGCGAAACGAGGUCGACGCGCUCGAUGAUGAGAUUCUCCAGUGGUACGACAGCGUGCCGGCGGAGGUCAGGAUCAGCGCCUUUGACCGAGACCUGCCACUGCCGUCGACGCCGUCAUACAACCUGCAGCGGCUGCAGAUUUGGACGCGGCUGCGGCUCAACCAGAUCCGCAUCUGGUUGCACACGCCGGUUCUGCAUAGCGCCAGCAGCAUCACCGCCAACAUGGAGCUGGCCCAGAAGGCUGUCGACCUGGCCAAGGAGACCAUCCGACACCUGUCGCGCCUUAAUGACAGCAGCAACCUGUACCGCCGCCUUCAGGUGUUCUACCACCAGUUCUUGACCUCGGCCAUUGCCGUGCUCUUCCUUGCGUCCACCCAUCAGCCGGUCGUGUUCAGCGGCCAGUGUCGCGGGGAAUUUUAUAUGGCCCUCAACCUCAUCAAGGACAUGUCGGCUAAAAGUUGGGUUUCCCAGCGCCUCUGGCGUACCGUCAGCUCACUCAAGGCUUAUGCGCCGCGCGUCGGCCUUGGCCUCGAGCAGAUGGACGAGGAGUCGCAGCUUUCGGGUCGUGGAAGCAGCAGCGACAACAACUAUCCCUACCACCAUUCUCAACACCACUAUCAUCCCCACCCCCAUGCCCAUCAUGCCUUCUUGGCAAGCAGCGGCAGCGGUGGUGACGGCACUCCAUCGUCGAGCUCGUCUCCAUACGAACAGCAGAGCGUGCAGAGCAAUCAGAACGUGCACGGCACUCACGGAAACGUCCGGAUUGGCGCCUCUGGUGGCCAGUGGACACUCCCGCCACCACCGCCACAGCCACUGUUGUCCUCCUCCUCCCCGUCUUUGUACGGUCGCCCACAGCUGCUACCACCGCCGCCGCCAAGCAGUGCCGGAUCGCCGGCGCAGAGCCAACCCCCCGGCCAGAAUGGCAGCUCCAACGGCUUGCAGUUGCAGACCGAAAUGUCGCGCAUGUUUGAGGGCUACAUGGGCAUGAGCGGUAUUCCCCACCCACCCGCAGGCCUGGUUGACAGUAGUCCCAGCCCGUCCGGUGAGGCCCUGUAUGAACACAUGAAAAACAUGUUUUAG